UGACUGACUGCGAGUGACAUUGGCGAACUGAGGUCACUCGCUCCUAGGUGAACCCCUGUCCACCUUUUGCAUUUUUGAUGGUGGGGAGGAACACACCAGGCCCUGGCGGGCUUGUGCUCUGUGCUCCAACUACUAUUACUUAGCGUAAGCCGCAGAAAAUAGAGCCAGAAUUGCCUUUGGGUUUUUCGCCUCCAACUUUUCUUGCCUUGCCGGAUGGAUGGACCCUUGGCCUGCUUCCCCUCGUCCUCCCACCCUCUUCCUCUCCCCGACUAAGUAUCGUACAUACUGACCGAUAUCUACCUGGUGCCACGACUCGCUUGCCUCCGCUAUACAAUAUAAGCCAUGGCGUUACCUCCGCCGGUUGACGUGCCGGGCCAGCAUGAUUGCCCUCCUCCGCCUCUAGCUGCUACUGCACAUCUCGCCCCCGGCGACGAAGCCACCGCCCAUCCAUCAAACCAAGCCCCCUUGGAAACCACUAUCAGGCCACUCGCGGCUGCGGCCACAACCCCAGACCCUGUCGCGGAUCCUGACACCGGCGCGCCCCAGUUACAGCUCCAUCACACUCACCCGCACCCGCAUUCGCAUAACCAGCCCACCCCGCACGCGACCGCGACUGCGACUGCCACCGCUGCUACUCCAACUUUGGCUAAUACCGCCCCGGCCACCCUGCCCGAGGCUUCACUUGCACAUCGUAUAAAGACAUCUCCCGGGCCCUCCCUGGAGCCCUCCCAUAUGUCCCCUCUUGCUGCCUCUCCUUCGUCUGCCGCGUCCUUUGCCAAACUCCCGCCAAAGACAAACCCCUCCUCCUCAUCGACUUCCAAGAUGCUGUUCUCAGAGAUAUACAAAUCACCUCGCUCGCCGCUAUCCAAAUUCCGCCUGUCCAUGUCACAGCAGCCUCUGACCCUGGACCUGCCUGACUACGAACCCGAUUUGCUUAGCAGGGACAAGCUCAAGCAAAAGGAAGCCGUCAAGAAGUACCUGGCCGCCAAGGUUCGCAACGACUGGGAGUUUGUUUGGCCUCCAGUCGCCUCCUGCCCGCAAAACGAUCACGUACUACCCGCUGCCGAUGCGCCGCCCGAAGGAGGAGGUGUAGAUCAGUUGCAGCAAGAAACCUCUGAUCCUCGAGCCGAGGCGGCAGCGGCAACCUCACAAGACGAGGCUGUAGGGUCGAUGGAAAGCGACGAGGACGACGAGGAAGAGGAAGACAGCGACGCCGACUCGGUGUACAGUACUGUCUCCGAGGACAUAGCCCGCUUCAAGCCUCGUUUGGAAUGGGUGUCUGACUUGUCCGAUGAGGAACCGCCCGUGUCGCUCUCCCCAUUCCGCUUCGAUAGCCCCGACGCGAUUGGCGCAGCUGUGAAGGCAUCUGUGGCAGACAAGCGUGCGCGGAGGAGGCGAGCCAUUCGCGAGGAGAUGGCAUGGAACGAAGGUCUGGCCUGCUUCGAGGCAAGACGCAAUGCCUGGACAGGUGCCAGGACAGUGCGGGUGCGCACCAAACCCGUCUCCCCAACGCAGACUUUCUCCCCACUAUCCCCUCGCCGUCUGUUCUUCCGUACUUCCUUUUCCUCGGGCCAACCCUCGCCACCGCCGCCUUUGCAUUCCUUGCAGCAACGGCCCAGUAACGAGGCCUCCACCGCCGUGUCGGACGGCUCCGACCUCUCCAAAGACCCGUCCAAGGAACUCACGGCCCAAAAGUCCAAGGAAUCCCACAAGUCAGCCGCAUCCCCCACGUCGACGACGUACCCCAUCGAGACCAUUGUACCCCUCUCUGCGCCACUCCUCCCGCCAGGCAACCCAAUGCGCGCCUCCAUUACCCCAGCUGUAUAUAUGUCGCUGUAUGAGAAGGUAAUAGUGCAUGCCCUCACACCAUCGUGCCCUGUCAACUUGUCAGACAUGAUCCGGGCAUGCGUGGUGGGUUGGAAGCGGGACGGCGAGUGGCCGCCAAGGCCCUCAGCCGCAGAGCCCGGCAUCGUGGCCGUGCGGCGUAAGAAGAAGUCAGCGACGGAAGGCCAGGGUCAGAAUCCUGCUCGUAGGAUGAGUUUUGGUUUUCUGGGCAGAGGCGAGAAGGCAGACAACCACGAUGAGAGUGCUGGGAAGGGCAUUAGGAAAAGCCUGCAAAGAGUCCUCGGCAUCGGACACCAUCCUGCCUCGGCUGCCCCUGCAGCUGGGAACAAUGGCCCCGCAGCGAGCGGGAAAGACGCGGCCAUUUCCUGAGCCUUGAUAUGAUGAAAGAACACGAGUAUGGUACAGAAGGGAAUUAAUACGUGUGUAAACCUUGGCAGACGGGAAGGGGGGAGCCUCCCCCCUUGGGUAUCUUGUUGGAAAAGGGAUGAGAACGGGCCUUUUGAUCAAGUUGUAUGGAACAAGAGACUACGCGGGACGGGAAGGUUCUUCUUGUGACGCUGAUACCCCAUGUGAUCCAGUAGAGAUGAUAGUUGUAAUGGUCCUUUGCAAUGGUAAUGAGACGCAGUUUGCAUGUCAUGAACGUUUUGUUUCGACC